UGACUGACAGACUGGAUUGAUUGACCGGCUGACAAACUGAGAAGCUGGCUGGCCAGCUUUUGUCUGUCUGUCUGUCUGACUGACUGACUGAAUGUUUGACUCAUGAUGGGUUUCCCGGAUGAAUGGCUACAGUCUGUUGUAUUUCUGAGUCACUGGGUGUCCGCUUGACUGGUUCACUGACAAACUGGAAAAAUCCGUUUGGUGUCACGUUCCUUAGCACAGAUAGAGACCUUCUGCCUUUCACUGAGAGGGAGUAUUUCCUCAUCUGUGUUGUCAAGACGUACAGUUGUCAGGGGCCAUGAGUAGCUGCUGGUGUGACAGUCUCCAAAACCCUUUGACGUGGAACACCUAAAAUGGGGACAGGACUUGCUGCCAUGCUGCAAGCUCAGCUCUAAUCACCGUGAAGACGCCCUUCUGUUCACCUUUCUCUCUACUUAGAUUUGGCCUGCUUGCCCCUGACCUGCACCCUUCCUGAUUUGAAACUGCUGCUCGCUGCCUCCUUGCAGUCAACUCCCUUCUUUUCCAUCUUUCUACUGAGGCAAGCUCAAACACUCCUAAUCCAAACCAUGGCCAGCAGACUCCAUUUGUCCUCCCUGUCUCCCUCCCUGAUUGUCUCCCUCCUGCUACCUGCACUGUUGCUCCUUCACCUGCCUGGCACGGUGAAAGGGGACUGCUGGCUGAUAGAGGGGGAUAAAGGCUACGUUUGGCUGGCUAUCUGCAGUCAGAACCAGCCUCCAUAUGAGACCAUCCCCCAGCACAUCAACAGCACGGUUCAUGACCUGAGGUUGAAUGAGAACAAACUUAAGGCUGUGCUCUUUACCUCCAUGUUCCGCUUCACAAACCUCACUGACCUCAAUCUUACCAAGAAUGAGAUCAGCUACAUCGAGGAUGGGGCAUUUGCUGGGCAGGCCAACCUACAGGUUCUCCAGCUGGGCUACAACAAGCUUACCAACCUGACUGAAGGCAUGUUGAGAGGUCUGGGUCGAAUGCAGUGCCUCUUCUUGCAACACAACCUCAUUGAGGUCAUUGCCAACAACGCCUUCUGGGAGUGCCCCAGCCUCAGCAGCCUGGAUUUAUCUUCCAAUAAGUUGGCCCGUCUUGACCCGUCUACCUUCACUGUUCUCAACAGGCUGAUGGUGUGUGAACUAGCAGGAAACCCGUUCCACUGUGGCUGUGAACUCUACAGCUUUCUCACUUGGCUGGAGGCUUUUAACAAUGUCACCCACACCUAUGACCGCCUCCAGUGUGAAACCCCUUUGGAAAUGACUGGUUAUCCACUCCUGAGCCCAGUGCCCGGACAUGGAAGAAAUGCCCGUUAUGCUCUUUUGUCCAUGUGUCGCGAUGGGGUCAUAAUUCCAGGGAUGACCUCCCAAACGCCAGAUCAAGAUGGCUCAGGGAUGGGUUUGGACAACCCAGACCAAGGUCUGUACCACCAGCCAACCAUAUCGUCAACUGCUGACCCCACCUAUAGCCAUCAGAUUUCAAUGAAGCUUCACACUGUUACCCUCUCCACCGCUUCUCUAAUGGUACAGAUUCCACGACCAUACAGUAAGAUGUACAUCCUCUCCCAGUACAACAACACAUUUGUUGAAGACAUCAGGCCUCUGAAAAAUAAGAAGGAGUUAAUCACUUUGGACAAGCUGAAACCGCACACAAACUACACCUUUUGUGUGGCUUCUGCAAGCAAAUCUCAGCGCUACAACCACACCUGUCUGUCCUUUACCACACGAGCUAUGGGACCAGAGGACCCACGAACCAAUCCAUCCACAACUACCCACUACAUCAUGACCAUCUUGGGAUGUCUCUUUGGCAUGGUCAUUGUGCUUGGAUUCGUCUAUUACUGUCUUAGACGGCGACGCAUCCAGGAAGAGAAACAGAAAGCUAUAAGCGUGAAGAAAACUAUUUUGGAGAUGAGGUAUGGCCCAGAGGCAGCUGCGGCAGUGGCCAAUGACCCAGGUGCCAUGCAGCGUCUCCAGGAGCAGGCUCACCACCAACACCACCAUUCAGGAGGAGCAGGAGGCAAGCUGCCCCCGUCAACUUCCUCUAGCACAGGCAUGCUUCACGGCUCAGCCAACACCAGCUCUUCCCGCCUCUCCACCUUACCGCAAGUGGAAAAAAUGGCCACUGCCUUCUCUGAGGCAAUGGGCGGCAAGGGCAAUUACAUGGAUGUGAGGACGGCAGGAGUGGUAGUUGAAGGCAGGGAGGGAGGGGUGGCAACUGGAGGAGCGGGGGUAGGAGGGGAAGUAGUUGUGGAUAUGCGAGGUGGGGCUGAGAAUGAGACUGAGGUUGGGGAGGAUUCGGAUGACGAUGGCCGUGGCUCAGCAUCAGAGAUCUCCACCAUCGCCAAGGAGGUGGACAAGGUGAACCAGAUCAUUAACAACUGCAUUGAUGCCCUGAAGCUGGAUGCCUCUGCUAAUGUUGUGACCACAGCUGACAAUGCCAACUCUAUGUCCUCCUCCCAGCCUCCAACUUGCAUUGCAUCCCUCCCCCGCAACCUCCUGCCCCUCUCUCCAGGCCAUCCUGGAGAUCAGAUCAUGGCCUCCUCUCCAAAGGUGCAUCCAAAGUCUCACCCCCAGCCUCAUCCUCAGCCUCAUCCUCAGCCACAUCCUCAGCCACAUCCUCAGCCUCAUCCUCAGCUACAUCAGCAGCCUCAUCCACCUUCUAUGGCCCCAGUGCCCCUGGUAAUGCCCCUGUCUGAGCGGCCAGGCAUUAGUGGUGGGGGGUUCCUCUCCCCUCCUUACCGUGAUCCCCCCCCAGCAAAUGCAGUGCGGCCCCUUCAAAGGCAAUUGAGUGCUGACACUACUGUGGUGAAGAACCGUUGUGGUGCCCCUGCUGUGGGAUCUGUCAAGAGCACCAGGGUGUUCAGUGUGGAUAUCCCGGAGCAGCGCAGUGAUCCUCCUAAGUACCCAACAGAAAAAGGCAGUCCUGUGGGUUGUGGUGGUGGAGGUGGAAGUGGAGGAGGUGGCGGAGUAGGGGGCUGCAACGGAAAUGGCAUGGGAAACAUAAAUGGCGGUGGAGUGAGCGUGAAUGGGGGCGGGGUGGGGUGUAAUAAUGGGAGUGGAGGUGGGGUGGUUGGCGCUGGACAGCAGCAGCAGCAGCAUCACUUGGAGGUCCAGCCAGACUACCACAGCUCAGAGCACCGGCACUCCUUUCCUGCACUCUACUAUGAGGGUGGCAACGAUUCACCCUCACCGGCCCAAAAGGCCUCAUUCCUCAAGCCACUGGGCCGCACCAAGAGGGAUGCCACAGCCACCUACUCCCAGCUCUCACCUUCUCGUCACCACAACUACAAUUCUGGCUACUCCUCUAGUCCAGAAUAUUCAUCUGAGAGCACACUGCGGAUCUGGGAGCGAUUCCGGCCUUACAAGAAAAGCCCCAGAGAGGAAGCAUCGUAUAUAGCGGCAGGCCAUGCCCUGCGUAAGAAGGUGCAGUUUGCCAAGGACGAGGACCUUCACGAUAUUUUGGACUACUGGAAGGGGGUUUCUGCCCAGCAGAAGCUGUGAGCAGGGGAAGCAAAGUCAAAUGCUAUAAGGGAGACUGUAAAGUUGGAUGCCAA